AGAAAUAAAGCAUGUCCAGUCUUUCUGUAUCUGUAGUCACUGUGUAAAUUGCAGAAUGUUCUAUAAAUGUGGUGCAACGUGUGUUUUCGGUUGUAACAAGACUAAUUUUUCAUGUACAUUACAAAAUUUAACAAUAUAAUAAUAUGAUGACAUGCAGAGUUGAAAGAAAUUUUAAAAUAAAUGAAUGUGUUCAAUGUGUUAUACAUUUUAUAACGUCUAUAGAUCUUAGUUUCAUUUAAUUUUUUCGUUUCAUUCAUGAAAUGGUGAGAUCUACGAUUGAAAUAAAAUUUCAAUAUGUACAAAAAUUCUUAGUACCAUUUCUUUGCUUAAGUGUAAUAGCCUUAUUUAUUUAUUUAAAUCAUGUACAACCUUAUUAUUAUAUUGAUGAGGUUUUCCACAUAACUCAGACAUUACAAUAUUGUGAUGGCAACUUUACCCAGUGGAAUCCAAAAAUUACUACUUUACCUGGAUUAUAUAUUCUAGCAACUUUAAUAUUGUCACCCUUAAAACUUUGUAACAUCUUUUAUUUGAGAUGUAUAAGUUUACUUGGAAUAUUUUUAAGCCUAUAUCUUAUUAACGGUAUACUUAAACAAAUUUCAAUAACGCAUUGGAUGCAAAGAUGGGAUAAACGGAUAAGAUUUGCAGUGGCUUGUAAUAUUAUGUUUUUUCCACCUUUAUUUUUCUGGCAUUUCUUAUAUUAUACCGAUGUUAUAUCAAUUGAUGCAGUAUUAUUGAUGUUAUUGUUACAUCUACAUAAACAGUUUAAAAUGGCAGCUAUUGUAGGUUUUUUGUCUGUGUUCAUUCGGCAAACAAAUAUCAUUUGGGUUGCAUUUCUUACCAUGGAGCGUGGAUUUGAUUUGUUAGAUAAUAAAAUAGGUAAAUCAAUUUCACCAGAACAAUAUAGUUCAAUAACUUAUUUGAAACUGCUGUGGAAAAAAAUAAUAGAUGAAGUAUAUGGCGGAUGGAGAUCACUUGCAAAAUUUAUAAGUGAAAUAUGCAUAGAAUUGUUUCCAUAUGCUGGAGUAUGUUUGAUGUUUGUUGCAUUUGUUUUUUGGAACAAAGGAAUUGUAGUUGGAGACAGAACAGCUCAUACUCCCACUGUUCACAUUCCUCAGUUACUAUAUUUUUCUGCGUUCCUUUUUUCUUUCUCAUGGCCAUAUAUGAUUGUUUAUUGGAAAGAUUAUUUGAAAUUUAUCUGUAAACAUUGGAUUCUUGAAAGUCUCAUUCUGAUACUUCUAACUUUAAUAGUUCAUUUUAAUACUCUUGUUCAUCCGUAUGUAUUGGCUGACAAUAGGCAUUACGUGUUUUAUUUUUGGAAUAAGUUUAUGGGUAGAUACUGGUUAUUCAAAUAUUUGCUAGUACCUGUACAUUCAUUCACUUUGUACACAAUGUUAUGCGGGAUGAAACACUUAAGGUUCGUGUCCCAAAUCAACUAUAUUUUUAUGGUUUCUAUAGUACUUGUUCCUCAGUUACUUAUAGAACCACGUUAUUUUAUCAUUCCAUAUAUACUUUAUCGUUUAUUCAUUCAAAAACCACUGAAGUGGCAAAUUAUAGCAGAAUCAAUGACUACAUUAAUAGUGAAUUUUCUGCAGUUCUAUAUUUUUGUUAACAAGGUAUUUUAUUGGAGCGAUCAACCCCAUCCUCAAAGGAUUUCUUGGUAAAAUAAAGCAGUGUAUAUCGAAUUUCACAUAAUGUCAUUUCUUUAAUAAAUCAUAAAACUUUCAAA